CAUGGAGAAGCUGGUGAUUUUCCACUCUAACUGAUAUUAAACGCGCACCAGCUCGUAGAAACAAUGGUCCCAGAGACAAACAGAUUAAAUUGUUUCACUCAGCGUUAAACCUAGGCUGCAAGGAACAACUGCUUCUUAGUAAAACGAGGGCAGCAUGGCACAAAAAGAGAAGCUCCAAUGCCUCAAGGACUUUCACAAGGAUACCCUGAAACCUUCACCGGGGAAGAGCCCAGGCACGAGGCCUGAGGACGAGGCCGAAGGCAAGGCUCCUCAGAGAGAGAAGUGGGCCAGUAAGCUCGACUUUGUCCUGUCCGUGGCCGGAGGCUUCGUCGGAUUAGGAAACGUCUGGCGCUUCCCUUACCUUUGUUAUAAAAAUGGUGGAGGUGCGUUUCUCAUCCCUUACUUCAUCUUCCUAUUUGGGGGUGGUCUGCCUGUGUUCUUCCUGGAGGUUGCACUGGGCCAGUACACCUCUGAAGGAGGGAUCACCUGCUGGGCCAAGCUCUGCCCCAUCUUCACUGGUAUUGGCUAUGCCUCUUUUGUGAUCGUAUCUCUACUGAACGUCUACUACAUCGUGAUCUUAGCCUGGGGACUCUACUACCUAGUUCAGUGCUUUCAGCCGGAGCUCCCCUGGGCAAAAUGCAAGCAGCCCUGGAACACUGAAUUCUGUGUAGAGGACACAGUCCGAAAGAACAAGACCCUGUGGCUGGCAGCCAACAUUACCAACUUUACCUCCCCCGUCACCGAGUUCUGGGAACGGAACGUCCUUAGCAUCUCCACUGGGAUUGAGGACAUAGGGCCCCUCAAGUGGGACCUGGCCCUGUGUCUCCUUGCAGUGUGGGUUAUCUGCUUCUUCUGCAUCUGGAAGGGAGUCAAGUCCACUGGGAAAGUGGUGUACAUAACAGCAACUUUCCCAUUUGUGAUGCUGAUUGUGCUGUUGGUGCGUGGAGUGACCCUGCCCGGGGCAUCUGAAGGGAUCAAAUUUUACCUUUACCCUGACCUGACCCGCCUACAAGAUCCAGAGGUGUGGAUUGAUGCAGGAACCCAGAUUUUCUUCUCCUACGCCAUUUGCCUGGGAGCCAUGACGUCACUGGGGAGCUACAACAAAUACAAAUACAACUGCUACAGGGACUGUUUGCUGCUGGGAGCCCUCAACAGCGGUACCAGUUUUGUGUCUGGCUUCGCAAUAUUUUCCGUCCUGGGCUUCAUGGCACAAGAACAAGGGGUGGACAUUGCCGAUGUGGCAGAGUCAGGUCCCGGCUUGGCCUUCAUCGCCUACCCUAAAGCUGUGUCCAUGAUGCCGCUGCCAACCCUCUGGGCCAUCCUCUUCUUUAUCAUGCUGCUGCUUCUGGGCCUUGAUAGCCAGUUUGUUGAAGUGGAAGGACAGAUCACCUCUAUUGUGGAUCUAUAUCCUUCCGUCCUCAGGAAGGGUUACCGACGAGAGAUCUUUAUAGCUGUGAUGUGUUGCAUAAGCUAUCUCCUGGGACUUGCCAUGGUAACAAAAGGUGGCAUGUACGUGUUUCAACUCUUUGACUACUAUGCAGCCAGUGGUGUGUGCCUUUUGUGGGUUGCAUUCUUUGAAUGCAUUGCUGUAGCCUGGGUUUAUGGAGUUGAUAAUUUCUAUGAUGGACUUGAGGAUAUGAUUGGCUACAGACCAAACCCAUGGAUGAAAUGGAGCUGGACCAUAAUCACUCCUGUCCUCUGCAUGGGCUGCUUUGUCUUCUCCCUGGUGAAGUACAAGCCUUUGACCUAUAACAAAGUGUAUGAGUACCCUGACUGGGCCAUCGGUCUGGGCUGGUGUUUGGCUCUGUCCUCCAUGAUCUGCAUCCCCAUGGUGAUGGUCAUCAAGAUCUUACAGUCUGAAGGACCCCUGAUCGAGCGGAUCAAAGCUGUGGCAGCCCCGGCGAAGUCAGGCGUAAGCUCUCGUCCAAAAGAGUACAACUUGAAGGGCAGCGAGCUGACACAGCCCCUGGAUCCAAACGGGAACAAUGGCUUGAUCAAGCCCACCCACACCAUUGUAGAAACAAUGAUGUGAGCGCUCUCUGUGAGAGGAAUAAGAUUGAUGUGCUUUCUGUGUUAAUAUCAUAUUUGCUAACAUUGAUAAUGGUAGGUUUACAUUGUCCAAUAUAUUCACGUUAGAGAUACUUUGGUUUGAUUUCUAUGAAGAGAGUUAUAUAUUAUUGUUGUAAUUUUCUUUCUCUUGUAAUUGUUUUUUAUUUUUUACUAUAUCAAUAUUGUUGAUGUUACAAUUGUUGUCACUGUAGUUGGCACUGAUCUCAGUUUAGGCUGUAUUUUGAGAUAGAACAUGUUCAAUGUUUACUACCUUUUGUUGAUUCCGGAGAGAUGACGAAUUUGCUUUUCUUUGGUGUAAUAGAAGAAAUUCAGUAAACUAAACGAGUAAUUAACUGUGUAAAAAGGUAGAAAAAAAUGUCUAAACACCCUCACGUGAUUGUGGCAGUCUUGUUGCCCAAGAUAACGUCUAAUCUCUUGUUGUUGUUAUUGUUGUUGUUGUUCAUCCCUGCAGUGAAAAUGAAUGUAUCACGAGCCGCCCACAUCUAUCAGAGUACCGUAAUGUUGCGUGGCAAUAUGCAGUGUAUAGAGUUAAUCUUGCUUGACGUCCUUUAAGUUACAAGUUGAACAAGGCCUUGGCCAAAUACUGUGAGAAAUGCAUUCAUCAUAAGAUCCAUCCACAAAAUAAUAAAAAAGAAAAACAGCUAAGGAAGAGGAAGUAAGGAGAAAAGGGAAGUGGCAUUUUUAUUAGUAUUUGUACACAGCCUGUGUGACUAUAAUAGUCAGUCCCAGUGCAUUUAUUGAAACCUCUCUUUGCACUUUAUAUGUCAUUUCACCUUUAUUGUAGUAUUUGUUUUUAUUGUUGCAAGGUAUUGCAGUUACAUUUGCAACACAUUUCAGGAAGAAAUAUUUUUAGCUUCUAACUUUUUGAUAUUGUAAACUUUGAUAUACAGUAUCUAGUUGUCUCCUUAAGACAAUGACAAAAUAGAGUAGACAUCUGACAACAAACAUUCUGAUUCAUAAUUAUUUGUAGGAUCUCUUAAAAAGUAAAAGUUUUUUCCUAAAAAUCCUAACAGCUCUCCAUUGUGCUCAUGUCCAUAGCAGACAUGCUCUGCAGAACUACCACUGGAUUCUAGUUUCUAAUGUUCAGUUUAGGCAUUUGUAUUAUAGAAUUUGAAUUGUUUGUAAAUCACAUAUGCCUUUUUGUAACAAUUUUAUACUGUACAUCAUAUGAACAUCAUCAAUUAAUUAAUGUUACUGAAAACUCAGCAAUUUGUGUUCUAAAUAUCAAUUAUAUUGUGAGCCUGGAUUACAUUUUUCAGUGUGCAAUAUUCGUUGAAGCAAUGGCAUUCCUCGUUCAAAAUGCAGCAUCAAAUCUAAAAUAACCGUUUAAAAUGUUCAAUAAUGCAACAACUUGCACAGUUAAAUACAAAAUCUGAAGGAAUUGUUAUCCUGAAGCAUGUGCAGGAGCCACCACACCGUACUGUGCUGCUUUGUCCGCAAAAUUCUCGUGCUACUUGGAAAUUCAAGUGUACCAAAGUAUUUUUGUCUCACAGUUGUCCCCUUCGAGAUGCACAUUGCAUCAUUUCUAUAUAAAUUACAAAUAAACAUCUUUUUCUUUGGAA